ACGAACGGGUUGCCGUUAGCAAAAAUUUUGGUGAGAGAAAAGGCCCGCGUGCCAAACGCCUCAUCGUCGAAUUGAUGACGGUUGUGUGGCGCGCGCGUGUCGUUUGUCGUAGAGACCCUUUUCUGACAGAGUCUUGCCAAUGCGAGAUUUCUUUUGUUGGGCUCUUACGGUCUGGAUCAUUAAUGGCGGGUCCACCGAAGGAACGAAUCAGAAUCGUGAUAAAACGUAGAGCGCUAAAGCGAAGGAGGCUUGAAAAACAAUUGCGAAUUAGGUAAGUAUGCAACUGAAUAUAUCAAAGUGACGCUGAAAAAUGACUGGUUGCGCGGCUUUGGGAUGCUCAAAUAGGAGCGAAAAUGGUAUAAUUUUGAAACACUUCCCUAAAGAUCCGAAGAGACGAGAACAUUGGGCAGCAGCUAUCCACCGUCCCAAUCUAAAAUAUACGAGUUCGCCAGCUUUAUGCGAGGUACAUUUCGCUAAAGACGCUUGGGAGCGAACACGCGAAGAUGGUUCCCGAAAAUUGAAAAUAACCGCGGUUCCAUCCCUUUUCAUCCAGUGUGUCGGAAGUAAGCAGCGGGACCGCUCAGUGGGGCUUACCGCGAAGCUGGUGCCGGCUGCCUUACCUGAAAAAACACCCAACAUUGAAUUCGUCGAGCAAACACAGGGAGUAUAUGAUUUGGAAUAUUCACUUACCAGUCCCUCUUCAAAGUCAUCGUCAGUAUCCUGGACAAACUCCUCGCUCGAGCCAUCUCACUUUCCUUUCACCUCCUCGCCAAAUUCCUCGGCACAGUAUCCUCUUUGCUCACCGCAGACUUUACAUAGCAAAGUUGAUCGAUGUUCCAGGUUACUAGAGAAGAGUGAAAAGCAUCGUAGAGUGCUCCAAAAAAAAAUAAAAGCAUUAGAAAUUGAAAAUAAUAGAUUGCGGGCAAACAUGGAUAUUGGAGGCGUGUUCAAAUCUUUUCUCAACGCGGAUCAACAGAGGAUGAUCGAACAAAAAUACAGAAAAUGUACCAAGUGGUCCACAAGCACGAUAAAAAAUGCGUUAAAAAUUAAAUUUUCUUGUGGCAAUAACGGUUAUAAGGAGAUCUUAAAACAAAAGUUUCCGCUACCAUCACUCCGAACACUCUCUCGACGAAUGCAGCAUAUUAGCUUCUCCAGUGGAAUACAAAGUGACAUUUUUGAUUUACUGAAAACAAAAUUCGAACAUGUAGAGCAUGAGCACGAAAGGCAAUGUGUGAUAGUUUUUGAUGAAAUGAGCAUUCAACCUGCAAAAGUCCACGAUGUUUCCACUAACCAGUUCAUCGGAAAUGUCACUUUGCCAGGGCACAAACCAGAUAUUGCAACCCAUGCACUUGUCUUUAUGCUGGCAGGAGUCACUGUACGGUGGAAGCAAAUUGUUGCCUAUUAUUUUACAGGACAUUCGGUAAAUGGUGCUUAUCUGAAACCAAUUUUAUUAGAAAUCAUACAAAGAGCGGAGAAAAGUGGACUCACAGUGACUGCUGUUACAUCUGACAUGGGUACUGCAAACCGUGCACUGUGGGCAUCGUUUAAUAUAAGUGCAGGUCGUCAUACCGAUGUGAGCAACAGCUGUCCACAUCCGAUGGAUGCCCACAGAAAGUUGUAUUUUCUUGCUGAUGUUCCUCAUUUGCUGAAAAAUUUGAAGGCUAGCUUGAUAAAUAAUAAGAUAAUUUGGCUAUCAAAAACUACUCAAGAAAAGUACAAUCUUCCGACAAAUGCCGUUCAAAUUGAACAUUUCGAAGAUCUCAUCCGGACUCAAUCCAAUCUAAAUUUUCUUCUGUCACCUAAAAUGAAGGCAGAAGAUUUAGAAAGUUCUCAAUUUUCAAAAAUGAGGGUCAAUAAGGCCAAGAAUAUGUUUUGUUAAAAUGUUAGUGCUAGUUUAGAACUUCUUGCCCACGUUGAAGACGAAGAAUCUUACCAAACUACCGCCUGGUUUGUAGAAAAAAUCUCCCAAUGGUUUGCUCUCAUGACUUCUCGACACCCCGUGCUUGCAUUGAGCAAAUGUAAAAUUGAUAAGUACAACGAAGCUAUACAAAUUUUAAAUGAAAUAAGAGAUAUUUUUCGGGACAUCCAGAAAAGUCACAAAAAUGUGUGGGAACCCCUGCAAACCGGAAUUUUAAUUUCAACCACUUCAAUUUUACAGCUUGCUGAAUAUUAUCUUGAAGAAAAAGGCUUACCGUUCUUACUGACGGGACGAUUUACACAAGAUUGUGUGGAAAAUCUCUUCUCCAUCGUGCGAUCAAAACAGCCAGUUCCAAAUGCAUUGCAAUUUAAACAAAAUCUUCGGCUUGUAUCUGUGUCACAGUUCAUCAAAAAUAUAGAUAAAG